AUGAGGCCGCGGGAGGUCAAGGCUCGGUCGAUGCAAGGUUCGACGGAGCUGUAUGAGGCCGCGGGAGGUCAAGGAGAGGUCGAUACGAGGUCGAUACGAGGUCGAUGCGAGGUCAAGGAGAGGUCGAUGCGAGGUUCGACGGAGCUGGAUGACGGCGCGGGAGAUCAAGGCUCGGUCGAUGCUAGGUCGAUGCGAGGUUCAACGGAGCUUGAUGAGGCCGCGGGAGGUCAAGGAUCGGUCGAUGCGAGGUUCGACGGAGAUGCAUGA